AUGCCAGGCUGGAAUUUUUGGACUGUUGUCGAUAUUGUGAAACCGGAUGUCUCGUGUGGGGUCCAUAACGUGAGGAGAUUAACUUGGGCACGUGAGAUGUUUGCUGAGCUGGCUAUCAAUGAGUGGAAUAUACAGAAGGAAGAGAGAAAUGUUCAGAAAGCUAUUAAAGAGGCUGCAAGGCGAAAUGAUAUGGUCUCAGCCAAGGCGCUUGCUAAGGAGAUUGUGAGUUCGAGAAGAACAGUUAACCGGUUAUACGAAAACAAGGCCCAGAUGAAUUCCAUAUCAAUGCACCUUGGGGAGAGUGUUGCUGUUGCUAGAACAGUUGGGCAUCUGUCCAAGAGUGCAGAGGUUAUGAAGCUAGUCAAUAACCUCAUGAAAGCACCACAAAUGGCUGCAACUAUGCAGGAGUUCAGCAAAGAGAUGACUAAGGCCGGAGUUAUUGAGGAGUUUGUGAACGAUGCCAUUGACAAUGCACUAGAUUCAGAGGAUAUGGAAGAAGAGAUCGACCAAGAGGUUGAUCAAGUAUUGACAGCUAUUGCUGGAGAAACCGCUGCUGCGCUUCCAGACGCUGUCAGGAAGGAAAGGAUAAAGGUGCCUGCGCAGAAGGCGAGCACUUCCCGCGAGGAAGAGGCAAUUGCAGAAGGUGAUGAUGAUGAGGAAGAACUGAAGGAGAUUCGAGCUCGGCUCGCUAAAGUUAGAUCCUAACUGAUGAUUCAAUUGACUCUUUACACUAUUUUUUAUUGAUCCGAUCAACUCUUAAUGUUGGUGACAACACAAGGAGAUUACUGUGUAUUGUAUAAUAUAAUUGAACUACCGUAUACAAUGUGAUCAUAAGCUGUCUUUUGUUAACUAAGUUUUGUUUCUUUUCA